AAAAAAUAUAGUAACUGCUAACGUGCGCAUACUAAUCAGCAAGUAGGUGGCGCGAAAAUAACGUCCCCCGUCUUCUUGUUCUUCUUUCUCUUCUUCUUCAUUUGGGCAUUCUCAACUUCCCAAAGAAACUUCACCUUUUUAACUGUAAAUUUCCUUUUUCUUUAUUUUUUUUUUCCAAUUUGAUUUCUUUCAGACAUCUAUUUAAUUCCUUAUUAAUUUAAUAUUCGUAUCCUCGUCACUCCUCGUAAAUCGAUGUGAGGUAAGGUUUUUUAAAAACUUCUCCUCGUCAACCAGUUCAAAAUUUGAAACUUUCCGACAUACUUGGUCAAUUUUUUAGAUUCUUAUACCCAUCAGGAAUUCUUUUCUAGACGAUUCUCCGACGACCCUUUUCGCCGGCGGCGUCCCUUUAUUGAACUCUAGCCGAAUAACGGGUUAGUUUCUCUUGUGUUUGUAAAUAUGUCUAAAUGGAUGAAUAUCGGGGGCAGUUUAACUGCUACGCCGAAAUUCCCAUCCUGAAUGUGGAAAAGUUUGUUCCUUUCUGUUCUUUUAGGGUUUUUUUUUUUUUUUUCUUUCGCUCUGAACUUUUAGAUUGAUGAUUACUAAACCCAUUAUUUCUCUGUUUUUGUUUUGUGGGCGAAAUUUGAUUUUGAAAAAUCAUAUGACUAUGACUAUCAGUUGACAUUGUGAACACACCGCAUGUUUUCAAUGCUAGGAACAAAGGCUGACAAUACCCAGAUUUCUUUUCAUAAUUAUUUCCAACAUUUUACAGUUCUUUUUUGGAAUUAUUUUGCAAUAUGUUCAUCGGGCAAUGUUCCGGAGAAUCUGUUACCUUCAAAUAGUCAAACAAGAAAUUAUUAUCUAAUCAUUCUUUCCUUGUACCGAUGUUGUGGUAGAAUUUAUUUACUUUUGAAUUUUGAAAUUCUGCUCAUUUAUGGUUUUUUUUUUAAUCUCUGUGAAUAAUUAUGAGGCUGUGUAAAUUUCUGGGGAUGGACAAUGAUCUUCACAUGCACGUGGUCCUCAGUAUCUGUUCCCAUAACUAUGCAAUUAUAUAUGCUUCAUUAAUUGUUCAUCAUUCGGCGGUUUAUUAUUUAUUGUUAUUUAAAAUUUAUGUUCUGCAAAAGGACAAAUCCGAUUGCUAUUAAACAUGUUCUGUAGCAAUUUGUCUUUGGGAUAUUAUUAGUUGUUAUUAUUAUAGAUGUGAAAGGGGUUGAAAGCUGAAGUCAAUUUGGGAAAAACCCAGUUGACAUCAAGGGACAUUAGGCAAAGGUAUGGUAUUGAAUUUAUGGCAUAGAUUAGCUUGUUGUAAUUUUCAGUCUCAAUUCAAGAAAGGGAAAUUGGUGGGUGAAGAAGAAACAGGACAGAAGAGCUUGUAGGGAGAGAGAGUAUCUUUAGUGUGUGUGUGUUGUUUAUGUCCAGCCAGGAGGACCAUGGCAGUCCCGUGAGAGGGACAAAAGGUGGGGGGCCAAAAAAAUGAAAUGGGGGAUGAAUAAAGAAACAAGUUAUGGGGAAAAAGUGGAGGGAGAGAGGAGAAAAAGAAAAAGAGAAAAGGAAAGAGGGAAGCAAAAAACUAUUCAAUGUUCAUUAUUAUCCAAAAUUCCAGUCCAACAUAAUCUGCAUUUGUUUUUAUGCUGCCUAUCUCCUCCUUUUCUCGCCCUUUCUUUCUUUUCUUCCUAAUUUUUGGAGGGAAGGGUUUAACUAAUCUGCUUUUGUUCUUGCCAUUUUGUUUAUAAGCGUCACAUUUUGAAACACUGUUUAGUCUUUGACUGUACAGUUUCUAUCCCGCAUUGUUGUUAAGGUAGACGAAAACUUCAUUUUUGCAUUACUGAAUUUGGGAACUUUCUUUGAUCACUCUCCCUUUGUUUGAUAUCUUUUCCUGGGUUGAUCAUUUACAACCACGGGAUGCCCUUUCUGCAUUGAUUUCCUGGCAGAAUCAAAUUCUUUGGUAUUCAGAUCCGAGUUUCUGUAAAGAUAUUUCCAGCAGAGAAAAGAAUUGUCUUUGAAAGUCAUUGGAGCAAUAUAAUAUAAGCUUAAUGCGGGGUUUAUAAAGCCUUUGAGAUAUGAGUUUUUGAAAGGGUGCUCCAAUGUGGUCUAAUUUGGACAAAAUUUGAUGGAUUUAUAUGAAUUGCAGCAGCACUCAUUACAGAAACAAUCAACAGUAGAGACCCCAAGACCGCCAUUGGGUCCAGCUGAGAAGAACAAUGGAACUACUACUCGAAGGUCUAGAACAAGGGAAGUUAGUUCUAGGUAUAAGUCGCCUACACCAGUUGCAUCUUCAGGUCCUAGGCGCUUCCCUUCUCCAACAGUCACAAGAACAACAACAUCAAAUGUAUCUAAUCCGAAGAGAGCUAUAUCUGCCGAAAGGAGGCGGCCCUCAACGCCGCCUUCACCACCAAGUCCAUCUCCGUCGACCCCAGUCCAGGACACAUCAACGGAAAUGCUUGGUGGAUCAAAGAAGGUAGUUGCUAGUAGUAGGAUGCCUGAGUCUUUAUGGCCCUCUACAAUGAGGAGCCUAAAUGUUUCUUUCCAGUCGGAUAGUUUCUCUCUGCCUAUUAGUAAGAGAGAAAAAGCCGUAACUCAUGUUCUCACCGAUCGAACUUUGAGGCCAUCAUCAAAUGUAGCACGUAAGCAGAGUGAAAUUACCUCUGCUUCAAGAAAGUCUACACCUGAAAGAAAGAGGAGUCCUCUCAAAGGGAAAAAUUCUUCUGAUCAGUCUGAGAAUUUUAGACCAGUUGAAGGUGUACAUUCUCGAUUAGUGGAACAGCAUCGAUGGCCAAGUAGAACAGGUGGAAAAAUAUCAUCCAGUUCAACAAAUAAAAGCAUUGAUCUUGGUGAUAAGGUAAGCAGAAUCCCAUCUUUGCCACAUUCAGGAUCAGGUAUACCUUCAUUGAGGAGAUGGUCAUUGGAUGGCAUGACUAAACCCUUGCAAAAAUCUGCCAGUGACUUAUUGGCGCAAGUAACAGCUGACCAAGGUGGAAAGCAAAGUUCAGUUGACGAUAAUUCACUGGAACUGAAUAAGUCCGCCUCUUCAGCUUCGUUGGAUACAACAAGAUUAUUGAAUCCUGCAGUUCGAUCUCAGUCCUUACCUGUCCAUGGUUCCCGCCCUGCAUCACCAAAUAGAGCAUCAGCAUCAUUGUCCUCUGUUUCUCGAGCAGCCAGUCCAUUGAGAACAAAAACAAGCACUACUGUUCCAUCAAGGGGGCCUAGUCCCUCGCGGUCAAGAACCUCAAGUCCAUUAAGACAAUCCAGUAAUCCAACUUCUGUUCUUAGCUACAUAGUAGAUAUUAAAAAGGGAAAGAAGACUGCAAAUCACAUAGAAGAUGUUCACCAACUGCGGCUUCUGUACAAUAGACAAUUGCAAUGGAGAUUUGCUAAUGCUCGAGCAGAGGUUGCUCUUCAAUCUCAGGAGGAACAGGCAGAGCUAACUCUAAAUGGAGUCUGGAGAAUUAUAUCAGAUUUGAGACAGUCCAUAAUGGAGAAGAGGACACAACUCCAACAGCUAAUGUUGAAGUUAAAGCUAUUCAGAGUUUUGAACUACCAGCUGGCAUACCUUGACGAAUGGUCACUGAUUGAUGGUGAUCAUGCUGAUUCAUUAUCCCAGAUUAUCAGAGAUCUGCAGACAAGCACUCUCCGUCUCCCAGUCACUGGAGGGGCAAGGGUAGAUAUUCAAAGCGUAAAGGCAGCUGUUUCUUCAGCCGUUGAUGUCAUGCAGGCAAUGGGUUCCUCCAUAUGUCAUGUGCUCACAGAGGUAUGUUCUUCCAUUUCAUCUGCACCAUAGGCUGUCACAGGCUCAGUUUAGAGGAUCUCUGCUCUGUAUUUUGCAUAGGCUGAUCUUCCUUGAUUAAAACUGUAGUUCAGGGUUUUAAGGAUAUCAACGGUCUUGAUAGCAUAAUCUCCCUCGUGUUUCCAUUUAGAUCUAAUAUUUUGAGCAUCACAACAUGAGAAACUUUGUCUGUAGUAACUAUAUAUUUGAUUCUGCAGCAAAGUUUUUACCCAAGUAUUGUUAGAUGAAGUAGGAGUCUUUUCUUAAGGAUGAAAGGUGGAGAGUGUCUGAUACAUUCAUGUGAUUGAAGCUUAAAAGAGAUACCUUGUACGGAUUAUCGACAAACCAUUGAGCUUGUUUAUUUCAUAAGGGUGUUAUGACCAGAUUUCCGACUGUUAUAAAAUUUUAAAAAUUGGGCACUAUGUGAGAAUGUCAUUUAGCUCACUGGCAGCUCCUGAGCUGCUGUGUGUUUGAUACACCUUAUUUAUCUGAAGAUCCAUACUCUUUUGAGCGUUAUGUCCAUUGUUGUGCAUUUUACUUUUAAUCAGAACUUUCAGGAACCUUCUCAGUUCUUGAGGAAUGCCCCCUAAAAUUAGAUCAACAUUACAGUAUAGUGAAUACACCUAAUUUAAGAAUCGGGAACUUACAUUUUAGAUAUGGUGCUGAUUAACUUCAAAACAAUUACGUUUACAGAUUUGAACAUCCAUUGUUGUUGAUUCUAGGUGGAGGAAAUGAACUCCCUUAUUUCUGAACUUGCUGAUGUUACAUCUCAAGAAAGAGCCAUGCUUGACGAAUGUGAAGCUCUCUUAGUGUCGAAUGGAGCAAUGCAGGUAAGAAUGACCGAAAUGUUCAAUGAUGUCAGCAUAUAGCAUUUUCAAUGUGUUGUUAAAUUGAUCUUAAUUCCAAAUCAUCUACAAUUGUCUUAAGUUGGAUAAUGCAACUCUGGUGUCACAGUCUUCGUGAUCUGCCUUUCUAUUUUUUGCCUUAUUUCUGCAUGGCACAAUUUGAUUGAUGCCGUUUUGAAUGUGUAUAACUGGUUCAUCUUCAAUGCAGGCCAUGGAAAAUAGCCUCAGAACCAACGCGAUACAGAUGAAAGAAGCUUGGGGAAAGGAUCAGUUGAUCUUUGGGAACUAAAGACCUGACAAAUUCUUCGGUAAACAAAAAAUACUGACAACUUUCUUAACAAAAUGUUAGGGGAAAUGAAAGGUGGUUUGAUGGGCUUAGAGUGUGUAAAAAUGAAAUAUGUAUCUAGUUAGAUUGUUUUUCCCUCUUCGCCCCUUUAGGAAUUUUAAAUUUUUGUAACUUAUUAGGUUCAUUUCUAGUUCUCUCAUUUCCUUGAGCAAGAGCAAUUGCCUUAUAAUUGCCAAAUGAAAAUGCAAGCAAUGAUGCGGGUUUUAAAGUAACCAGAAUCUUUUGCCACUUGGUUUUUGCCAUAUUGCAUCAUGCUUUUAUGCAUUUUUAAUCUGCAAUGGGUAUUCGCCACUAACGAUUGGGUGUGUCAAGUUGUGCCGCUCCAAAAUGAGUUUUGUUUAUUGUAUUUUUUUCAAUUAAUAUUUCUUCCAGACCUUAUUAUAA